AUGUAUAAAAUUUGUAGAUUCAGCAAACCAAUAAGCGGAAUAAUUAAAAACACACUUCCAAUUGCAAAUAAUAGUGAAAUAAAUUCAUCAUAUACACCAAAAUUUUAUUCAUCCUCACCAAACAACAAUUUUAAUAACAGUAAAUAUCAUGAUAAUAGUAAACACCACUCACCAAAUAAAGAAACUAAAGAAUCAGCAAGUUUAAAAGUAGAUAAUUUAAUAUUAAAACAUCUAUCAAUUAAAAAAUCAUCGUUCACAAAAGAUGAAGAUACUAUGGUUACGUCCCUAAUUACAGAAAAAAAAAUAGAUGAGGCAAUUAAAUAUUUCAAUAUCUUUUCAGAUAAUCUGAAUUAUUUUAAAAAAAUUGAACAUGAAACAUUCACUUUAUUGCUUUUAGAAGUUUUAAAACAGCCACAGCAACUAUCGACAACAGAUUUAAUGAAGGCACAAGAAAAGAUACAUAUGACAAAAGCAAUAAAUUUAAUAGUAACAUUUCUUAGACACGAAACCAACAAGGUUGAAGCAUUACAAAAAUUAAAAAAAGCAGAUCAACAAAUCAACGAGUUUAUUCAAAAUAAUAAUGAAAUUUGGUUUAAAUUUUUAUCAAGAACCAAUGGAGAUUUAAUACUAAUGAAGGAGAUAUUGCCAGAGUCCACCUACAAAUCAACAGAAUUUUUAAAUUUUUGGUUAGAAAGAAUUUCAAGAUCGUUUAAUUUAGUUACUGAUUUCGAUUUAGUUUGGAAGCUUUUAGAAUAUAUGGUACAGAAUGAAAUACCGCUUCGUAAGAAACCAAUAGAUUCAUUCACAUCAUUUGUGUUUCAAUCUGAUCAACCCCUCACACCAAACCAAAUCAAAACAAUCAACGACAUCGAAUUACAGUAUCCAUCAAUAGCUAGAAUUUUUAAUGACUUAAAGUUAAAAUUAAAAUUUUAUCCUUCAAAUAACUUCAAUCAAUAUAACGAAAACCAAUUCUCAAAAGCAGAUUUGGUAAGAUCAUUAGAAAAGCUUCAAAAUAUGAAAAUGUUAACACCAAAUAUAGUUGUGGUAUAUGUAAACCUAGCAAGUAGAGUUUACCCAAUAGAUCAAAAUCCUACCAACAUAUCAAAGUGGCAACAAAUUUUAGGUCAUAGCAAUAAUAAAAAUAAAAACAAAAAUUAUAUUACACCCGAAAAACAACUAUUGAAGCAAGAAUGUAUUAUAGCAGUUUGUUUAGCACUAAAACGUGCAAAUAAAAUCGAUUUAUUACAAUCAUUUAUUAAAGAGAAUUCAAAUAUUAUAGGAGGUUUAAAUUUAAAGGUUUUAGUAGAUAUCUUAUCACCACUCUCUCCAUUGGAGCAAGCUAGCUUUAUAGAAAAUGAUUUAAAAUAUAAAAGAAUUAAUCCAGCCUCCACCGAUUAUGUUGAACAAUUACAAUCAAAACUACUAAAUCCAAACGAUUUCCCCAAGCUAGAUAAAUUCAUUCAAAAAAAACCUAAAUUCAAUGAAAAUUUAGAAAGUUUUGUUGAAAACUUUUCAAAUAUUUAUUUCAAAUAA